AAUGGUUGCUGGUAACAACGUUGCCAAUCGGUCAAGGCCAAGGGUCGUUGCUUCUCGCAUUUUUAAAUAAAAUUACAAAAAAAUCAAUUUAAUUUACUAAAUUCAUUUUUAUAUAAUUUUAAAGGUAUUCUUGUGAAAAAUCUUGAAGUCUGAUCAUCAUGAAAAUCAAUAAAUAGUAACAUUUAACAUACGAGGUUGUGAAUUUUUUUGCUGGUUCGUAUUUUUCGGAAAGAACGUUAAAAAUGGCUUCUUCUCUGAUAUUGCAGCUGAAUUCGAGAAAAUUUGCAGAACUGACCAGGAAGUUAGGAUGGCAAGCAGGAUGUUUAUCCAGAUCAGUUUCUACAGCAUCUAUCAGCAAGGUUUUGAUCGCAAACAGAGGUGAGAUUGCCUGCCGUGUGAUCCGCACAGCUAGGAAGCUCGGUGUUAAAACAGUCGCAGUCUACAGCGAUGCAGACAGAAACUCCAUGCAUGUUGCCAUGGCCGAUGAAGCCUAUCACAUAGGACCAGCCGCUUCUCAGCUCAGCUACCUCAACAAACAGAAGAUCAUAGAAGUAGCUAAGGCAUCGGGGGCUCAGGCCAUCCAUCCUGGAUAUGGUUUCCUCUCAGAGAAUACAGAGUUUGCUGACCUCUGCGACAAGGAAGGCGUUAUCUUCGUUGGACCACCGUCAUCAGCUAUCAGGGAUAUGGGCAUCAAGAGCACAUCCAAGCACAUCAUGUCAGCAGCUGGCGUGCCAAUCAUUGAGGGUUACCAUGGCGAGGACCAAUCAAAAGAGAGAUUGAGGCAGGAGGCGGAGCGUAUAGGAUAUCCCGUCAUGCUGAAGGCUGUCAGGGGUGGUGGAGGAAAGGGUAUGCGUAUUGUGAAGACAGAAGCAGAUUUUGAUGAGGCCUUGGAGUCAGCUAUGCGAGAGGCCAAGAAAUCUUUUGACGAUGACAUCAUGCUUGUUGAAAAGUUUGUCGAGACCCCAAGGCAUGUCGAAGUUCAGGUAUUUGGAGAUAAACAUGGAAACUAUGUAUACCUGUUUGAAAGAGAUUGCAGUGUACAGAGAAGACAUCAAAAGAUUAUUGAAGAAGCACCAGCUCCUCAUCUAUCAGAAGAAGUAAGAAAGAGAAUAGGAGAAGCUGCUGUACAGGCUGCAAGGGCUGUCAACUAUGUAGGAGCAGGUACUGUAGAAUUCAUCAUGGAUGCAGAGCAGAAAUUUUACUUCAUGGAGAUGAACACAAGACUUCAGGUCGAACACCCUGUUACAGAGAUGGUUACCAAAACAGAUCUAGUUGAAUGGCAACUAAAGGUUGCUGCAGGAGAGACGUUACCGAUUACCCAGGAUGACCUCCGUCUUCACGGACACUCCUUCGAAGCUCGGAUCUAUGCCGAGGAUCCCGAUAAUGGAUUCCUCCCCGGGGCCGGUCCCCUCAUCCACCUAGCAACCCCGAGCGCCGAUGAGUCGAUAAGGAUUGAGACUGGUGUAAGACAAGGUGACGAUGUGACCCCCUACUACGAUCCAAUGAUUGCCAAACUUGUAGUGUGGUCACAUGAUAGAAAGAGUGCUCUAGACAAACUCAGGCAGUGUCUUCAUGACUACCAGAUUGUAGGACUGAAGACCAAUAUCAGAUUCCUUGAUGACCUUGCCAAGCAUCCGGAGUUCGGCCAAGGUCACGUUCACACCGACUUCAUUCCUCAGUACGAGAAGGAACUGUUUCCAGAGCGGGGCGCCCUCAAUGACCAGACACUGUGCAGGGCCGUCUUAGCUCUGGUACUCUACGAGCAGAGGUGUAGCAGUGUGGAAGGUCUCGACAGUAGCGAUCCAUUUUCACCAUACAGUCAGGGCAGUGGCCUAAGGUUGAAUGAUGAAAUGCUAAGACGGGUGAAGUUGAAGUCUGGAGAGAAGGAUUUAGAAGCAACCAUCACGUACCAUUCUGAUCAAGGUUACUCGGUCAAGGUUGGAGAUGCCUCCUACAAUGUCCAAGGAACACUGACCGGUCAGGGUAACGCCCUUCAGAUGACCAGUACAGUGGACGGUCAGAAGACGACAUCCACUGUCAUCAUGCAUGAAGAUAGUAUACACCUAUUUUCACCCGAGGAUAUCGGAGGUGUUGAGGUAACCAAACCAGUCCCUGACUUCAUGCAGGCUUCUGGCUCUCAAGGUCAUGGUGACCUUGCCCCUAUGCCCGGUGAUAUCACCCAUGUCUAUGUGAACCCCGGUGACCAGGUCGAGAAAGGACAGCCUCUCCUGGCCUUGGAGUCGAUGAAGAUGGAGUAUGUGAUCCGGGCACCAAAGGACGGCGUCAUCGACAGGAUUCUGGUUGCCAAGGGUGACAACGUCCAGAAACACGCCCCCUUAGUUGCCUACCAGGACAAGUAAAGCAACUUCCUUAAAAUGAAUAUUUUAUCAAAAUCAAAUUUAUGAGGGAUCAAGGUUGUGUACUAGUUCAAAGACAUUACCGAGUAUCAGCAGUAGUGCGAUAUGCGUGGAUAAAUAAGAGUGCAAUUGGUUUACAUUUUGGCGAUGGAGGACCAGUGUGAGAGGCAUCAAGAUGAUGAGCUGUGGUAUUUCUGGGCCCUGUCUUAUAAAGAGCUGUGAUCGAUCAGAUCAAUCUCACCUAUGAAAGGCCCAACAACUUUACGAUCUUGAAUGCAUAUAUAUUCAGACUGGCUUUCCAUAGUUUGUGUUGAUCGGAUCAGUCAAAUCUCUGUUUGUGUAACAGGGCCCUGGCUUUCCAUAGUUUACAUUGAUUUGUAAAGGUGUCCUGGCUGUCCAUAGUUGAGAUUGAUCGGAUCAAGCACAAUUGCAAGAAGGAAUACAGUGGAAUCUACCCAGGCAAUAUAAAUACACAGCUAGCUCUGCAGGUUGGUUUCACAAUACCAUAUUGAGUUACUAUAUUGCAGGUUACUUUGGUCUCUCUGUAAAAAAAAGCCCAAAACAAUCAUGUAUUUUUAAAGGGUUGUAUGGUAAACAGGUUCAUUUGAUGUGUAAAUACUCUUAAAUAUGGAGAAGGUAUAUAUUCCUAUGGACUAUAAAAGGCAUAAAUUAAAUGUUAAGGCUGAUUGAUAUUGCAUAUCUAGGUUUUCGAUGACCACCCUUUUAUUUGUGAUAAGGCAAUAUAAUGUCCUGUGAAUGAACAUUAAGUAAUGUUCACAUUCCACAAUUUUGCCACGUGGUUAGCGUUUAGGGUAGUAAUCAGUGAUAAAAGGAAAGGGUGGUUUGUUGAAAUUAUUAUCCUUUCCCUAGGAACAUCAGGUGUCAGAUUAUGGAUUUAUUGCCUGUUGUAGUUUAAUUCAUGGCAAUUUUGUGUCAGUUUUAGUGUAUGGAUAAUAUUAACAUGCAUCACCAUUUUUAUAUUGUGAGAGGCUAAAUUUCACCUAAAAAUUGUCAUUCAUGAAAAUCUCAAUUGUCAUAUUUGGUAUGUGGUUGUUGAAUGCAUUAGUAUCAAAUCUGAUGAAGUUUAAAUUUCAUAUUCUUCCAAUAAAGAAAGUUACUGAAUAUAAUUCUGUUUAGUCUGCCAUGGUCAGCCUUCCAUAUUAAAUUCAAAGCAAUUUUCAGAUGAGGUUAUCUAAAGGAUGUGUUCUUUUUGUUUUGAAGUAAAACAAGGCUAAAUUCAGCUUAUACCAAAUUUUCAUUAUUACUGAAUACCCAUGUGGGGUCCUUUCUUUGUAUUGACAAAUAUUGGGAAAUUCUAUUCCCUAAAAUCUUUCAAUUCUGUGUAUUCAUAUUUAAUAUAUAUUCGUGUAAAUGCUACAUUUAAUAAACAUUUUGAAGUGAUCGCAUCGAUCUGAAGACCAUAGUUAUUUAUGAAAUGUAAAUUUUAUGAGCCUCCAAAGCAGUAUCAAAAGGCUGUAAUGAAAAGAGCUCAAUGUGCUUUGAAUGGACUUGCACAUGUUUACGGGAUGUGUUCGUGCUUGACUUUUUCGUAGUCAGACACUACAGUACAUCCCAACAACAAUCUAAUGAUAUUUGUAUAGAAGUACGGACUUGAGAUAAUAACCAAGAUUAGGUCCAGCUGGAAUUUGUAAAAGUAUAAAAUACUGUAUCCAUUCUAUUCUUCAAAGAGAAACAAAGCUGUCAUACAUAUUGCAUUGAGUAUAAUUCUACAAUAUUGAUAAGAAUAUUUCAUUACACGCUGCAAUAUAUGAAUAUUCAUCAAUAUGUAAAUGAGAAAGCAACUAUACUUUGUAAGUUGUAGGUAUCUUGGGUGGUGAUAUGGAAACAGGUGUAUUAUUUUAAUGUAUGAUACAGAAAAUAAAAUGGAAUAAAAGAAUGAUGAAUACUUGAA